CUGUUCUUUUUCUUUUCCUGGUGGAGCGAAAAUGUCGACAAGGGGCACGCCACAGUUGAAUCAACCAACCUGACCGGGACUAGCAAAACGGGCACGACGCCCCCCUCGGCAAGAACUGUCGGUCAACCUGAAUGUCGUUGCCCGCCUGUUUCUUUAGCCGCAUAGACGACCAUUUCACGAGUACGACUAACGAUACCCAAAAGCCCCUAGUUCUAGCGGAGAAGUAAAAAAUAAGAGAAGAAAAAAAGCAAGAACAAGAUGGCAGCCAAGACCACAAUCCAAGUGCCGCACCUCGGCGUCGCAGCCGGCUACCGCCUGUCGGGCGGCGCCGUGGACGCGUCCAAGCCGACCGUGGUGCUCGUCAACUCCAUGUGCACCACGUCGUCGCUGUACGACCACCAGUUCGCCAACGCCGAGCUCACGGCGGCCGUCAACCUGCUGGCCGUCGAGCCGCUCGGCCACGGCGCCACCAGCUGCCCGUCGUCGGACGCCUUCACCUACUGGGACUCGGCCCUGGUGGCCCUGCAGGUCAUGGACGGCCUCGGCGUGCAAAAGGCAUUUGCUCUCGGCACCAGCCAGGGCGGCUGGAUCGUCGCUCGUAUGGCCCUCUUGGCCUCUGAGAGGAUACUCGGCAUCCUUCCACUUGGCACGUCCAUGGACUACGAGUCUGCGGCGUCGCGCGAGGGCGGCGCCUGGGACCCUAACGCCCAGCUGGCGGCCUUUUACGACGCCUGGAGCGCCGCCCCCGCCGCCGCCGCGGCGCCGACGACCGACUUUGUCGUCGACGACAUCUGGUGCGGCAUGGUCGGCAGCCUCGGCUUCUCGGGCACCGUCCCGCCCGAGACGCUCGAGUUCUGGACCAAGACGCUCAAGGCCGUCUACUGCGGCGACGAGGGCCGCCGCAAGCUCAAGGGCGCUCUCGCCAACCUGCUCUCGCGCGACGGGCUGCUGCUGAGGCUGCGGGACAUCAAGUGCCCCGUGUACUGGCUCCAGGGUACCGAAGACCCGGUCUUUGGGGUCAAACUCCCUGCUGAGCAGAUUAAACUUUUCGUCGCUUCGCCGGAGGCCACCCUGACCCUGGUCGAGGGCGGCGGCCAUUAUCUGAAUGCCACAAGCCCCAAGGAGGUGAACGAGGCGGUCCUGAGGAUGGUCAAGAAGUACGCCGCCUGAGAUUGCAGAGGGUCUGCUACGGGGAGGGCGAGCUAUAGCAUGAUUUGAAUUGAAGUGUCCAAGUAAACUGCCAAUACCUGGGCUUCACACUAUGCUUACUGGUUUC